AUGUUAUUAAACUUUUUUGUUUUUUAUUUUAUUUUAAUUCGAGUUUUAUUUCAAACUGUUACUUCAGUCACUUUGAACAGUGAAGAAAUAUUAAAAUAUUAUUCGACAAAUGAUUGCAGUUCGGAUGAAUAUUUUAAUUCAAAUCAAUUAAAAUGCUUAACUUGUGACGCAAAAAAAAAUUUAAUUCCUUCUCACGAUGGCUUGUCGUGCGUUUGUAAUAAUAGAAGCAUAAUAAAAAAAUCAGGUCUCGGUUUUAUUCCAGUUUGUCAGUUAUGCAAACAAAAUGAAAUACCGACUCAAGAUCAAACAAAUUGUAUUUUUUGCCCCAAAAGCAGUACAAAUUCUUCCAUUAAUUGCACAAAUUUUCAAUGUUCAUCUGAUAGUAUUUUAGGUCUGUAUUCAAUGUAA